AUGUUAGGAGAGAAUAAAGAUGUGGUAAGUGUGGAAAAGGUCAUAGAGAAUCUUUUGAAUCUAAAUUUCGAGAUUAAGGGCCAGAUUUUAUCUUGUUUUUGGAUACAUAUUGUAGUAGGUGCUGUAAGAUAAGAUAAAUCAAUAUUUUGGACUGUUUUCACACUCAUUUUCCCUAAGCGAGUGUUGGAAUAGAAAGUCCAUCUAAUUUUACCCUAAUUAACAACAGCUCUUCUCGCUUUUGCCGUGUUUCUCUUCAAAUCCAGCUUGAUUUUCAAUUUUCACUUAUCUAAUAGAAUCGCCGAACUGAUCCCGCCGAUAAAUCGAUUUCAUUGUCAAGUUUCAGGUCGAUGUUAGCGCGAAUCUGAUGCCCCGACGCUUAUGGUCCGUCCUGAUGUCUGCGGGCUUCCUCUUCGCUCUCUACCUUAUAUUUUCUUCGGUCUCGGGAAGCGAAGGGGAAAGGGAACCAACUUUUAUGCAAAACAAUGUAAAACAUGGUAUGUUUUUUAAAACUUUCGUUUUUUCUGUCUCUAGGUGACUUAACGAGGCCAAUUUUGUAUGAAACUUGCUGUGAUUUUGAUGAAAAAUAUAAAUUUUGACAAAAAGUUUGUAUUUUUACCUUAUCCAUGGCAAAAAUUGUUGAAGAGAACCAAAUAUUCGUCUCAAAUUACUGUCUGACUACCGUAUGUCCCAUUUCAGACCCCGACCUAAGCUAUGGAAUAGUAAUUGAUGCCGGAUCCACGGGCUCUCGCCUUUUCUUGUACGCAUUCACAUCUGGGACAACAAAUGAAUUGAUCAGUGUGAAACCAGUGAAGGAUGAAUUUGGCGCCGAUGUAGUUAAAAAGGUCUCUCCUGGUCUCUCGUCCUUCGAGAAAAACCCAAACGAUGCUCCGGGAUAUUACAAACCUCUGCUGGACUUUGCCUCCAAGUACAUUCCAUAUGAAAUGCAGCCAUUUACACCGGUGUUCAUCUUUGCAACUGCUGGAAUGAGAUUGUUGCCGCAACAGUAAGUCUGAUGGGGGGUUAUGAGAGUAAUUGGAGGUGAUUUGGGGUGGAAAAAUUAGAUGUGUUAUAUUACACAUGGCAAUUUUUUUGUUAAAGUCUGAUUUUUUUUGCGGAAAUCUUGGUGAUAUUGAAACAAUGAGUUUUUUAGAGUUUUUUUACUGUUUGAGAGGGUUUUAUAAGCAAAAUUCAAAAUUAAUUAUAUUACACAUGGCAAAUUUUUGAUAAAAAUUGUUUAUUUUGAUAUGAAAUCCUGAUGAUAUCGCGACUAUAAUACAGUUUAGAUGUAAAAAAGAUUACGAAACGGAAUUUACUGACCAAAUCCGAGUUUAUUUCAUUGUACAUGACAUUUUUUUAAAAUUUUUAUUACCUAAAAUAUGUUUCAGAAGACAAGACGAGAUCCUGAGAGCAGUUCGAACCCAGCUCCCCUCGCUGACUCGCCUCCAAGUUCUGCCAGAACAUAUCCAAGUCAUUGAUGGGAAAUGGGAAGGGAUUUACAGCUGGAUCGCCGUGAAUUACGUGUUGGGAAGGUUCAACCUGAGAGAAGAUGUAACUCACAGCUCCAUCAGAGACAAAACUGCAGGUAAUUUGAGCGUUCUGAUAUUUUAUAAAAUAUUUUUAGGUAUGAUCGAUAUGGGCGGAGCGUCGGUCCAAAUCGCGUUCGAAUUGCCGCAGGACACAAAAUUCAAUGCUCCCGCCUUGGAACAGGUCAAUUUGGGAGCGUUGGAUGAUGAUGCGAAGUUCAAAUACAACUUAUUUGUGACAACUUUCCUUGGGUUUGGAGUCAACGAAGGCGCCAAAAAGUACGAUAAAGAAAUCGACCAAAAAAUGGUCGAAAAAUUGAAAUCGGCCAAUGGGAGUGAUGUACCCUCGAUCAAGGAUGAUUGUUUACCCCUGAAUUACAUCAGAGUGUCGUCGCUGGAAGAUGGGUCGCAAUUUGUGAAAAUUGUAAGGAAAUUUUUGAUUUUUGGACUUUACGCCAAGUUUCGGGAGAAUUUUUGAGAUUGAUUUUUGGUAGAAAAAGUUAGAAAAUAGGUAGUGACGAGAUAGGAACAUGAUUUCUGGAGUAUAAUACAUGUCAUGAUGACGGAUUUUUUGUUUGAAAAUUUUGGAUUUUUGGAGAAAAUUUGGAAUUUUUUGAUUUUUGGAAAGGGCUUGUUUUUUUUGUUUAAAAUCGAGUGAUUGAUUUGAUUAAAAAAAAUUUUUUUUUGAACAAUGCCGGAUUAUACAGUGGCAGACCUGAUCCAGUGGCAAAAAACGUACCAUUUUACAUCCCGGAAGUAUCAAUAAUGUGGCAAAAUGCCUCCCUCUCCAUGUGAAAACACUCCCAUUUUGAAGAGUUAAUUUGGAGAAGGGGAAAAAUAUUUUUAAAACAUACAGUGGGGGACCUGAUCCAGUGGCAAAAAACGUACCAUUUUGCAUCCGGGAAGUAUCAAAAAUGUGGCAAAAUGCUUCCUUCUCCAAGUGAAAAAAACUCUGUUUUGAAGAGCUUUUGAAAUUGGAGUUUUUUCACUUGGAAAAAGAGGUAUUUUGCCGAAUUUUUGAUACCUCUCGGAUGCAAAAUGGCACGUUUUUUGUCACUGGAUCAGGUCCCCCACUAUAAGUAACAGAUUGAAAUUUUUUGAUUUUUAAAAAUUUUUGCUUUUGAAACUGUAGAAACGUUUAUUUUAGGGCACUGGAAACUGGGAUGGAUGUGUCUCCUCGGUUGUGAAAGUGAUCAAAGAAGCCGGAGACUGUUCGACCGCCCUGAAAUGCUUCUUUGGCGGAGUCUCAGCCCCCUCCGUAGACCUCUCAUCCAUUGAAUUGUACGGGUUUAGCGAGUACUGGUACUCUUCUCAUGAUGUGCUCUCCCUGGGUGGAAGAUACGACCAUGAUCAGUUCGAAAAAAUGGCCCGGAAAUAUUGCUCAACGUCGUGGAAAUCGAUCAGAAAGACGGAAUACUCGAAAAUCGAUGUGACCAGACUUGAAGCACAGUGCUUUAAGUCGGCGUGGAUUCAUGCCAUCCUCCAUGAUGGAUUCCAUGUCAAUGAAUUGAACAAUCAAUUCCAAAGUGCCUUGAAAAUACGAAGUCAGGAGGUUCAAUGGGCCCUGGGAGCAUUGAUAUAUCAAAUGAGGUAUUUUCCAUUGAAGCAAGCUAACCGAGAGAAUAUCAAAGCGCAGUAAGUUUUGAUGUUAUUUUUGAUUUCGAUGGGUAAAAUACGAUGUUCAAAAUUUCCAUUUUUUUUUUGAUUUUUUGAGAAAAUAAAUGGGAAAUAAGAAUAUAAAAGUUGUUAGAAAAUAAUUUAGAAUAGGUUGGAGGUAUUAACGGCGUAAUAAUGACUGAUUUUCUGGAUUUUUUGCAACAAAAAUGAAAUUUUUGUGAUUUUUUUGAUUUUGGUCUCCUCUUGCCAUAGUUUUUUGGAGUUUAUAUUAUGUAAUAUUGAAAUCUAGAUGAUACUUUUUCUAACUGAAAAUUAAUUUUAAUUUAUUUCUGUAAAAUUUCGGCAUUUUUACCUUCUUUUUUACAUUUAGGUACCUAAAAUAAUAUAAUUUCUAAAUUUUCAGACAUAUCGACUCAAAUUCCUCGACUUUCUACCCGAUUGUCUUCAUCCUUGCCUUGCUAGUGGUAAUCGCCAUAUUAGUUUUGAUCGUCACUCGCCAACUACACAAGAAUAACGCCUCAGGACUUCCGGCCUUCAAAAGGGAUCCCAGUGGAUACAAAAAGCUGAACACAGAAGAUUACUUCAUGAAAGGUGUAAGAAGCAGUCCAACGUUAUAUCGAGGAUCAACUUCAGCCGAUGGGAGGUUUUAUCCCUGA